UAUAACUUCAUGACUCGUUUACGAAAUGGAGCUAAAUAAUUGCAAGAAAAAAUUGAAAGUGUUGUUUGAUAAGUUUUUUAACGAGAAUCUGGAACUCAGUAAUUACGUUCGAGAGAACCUUGUAAAACAACUCGCAGAGAGUGGAAAACGCACUGACAACAUAUUCGAAACACCGUUCUUCUCCGAUUUGCUGAUCUACGCUCUGACUAACAUCGACAAAGGGACGUUAUCAGUCAAAAUAUUUAUAACCCAACUGGUCAACUUGCUAAUAGAGAAUGAGUUGCAGUUUUGCAAGUUUGUACAGCUGCAGGGGUUCACGAUGGUGACAGAAAAGGUGUUAAAAACCAAGACAGUCAUCAGCGCCCCAACUCUGGUCUCCGCCUGUUUUAAAAUCUGCAGCUCCAUGAUCUGCCACAGUACCGGCGUCUACUGGGCCGUGCAGUACCGCCUCUGGAAAGAUAUCCUCAGCCGAAACCUCCUGGUCAAGCCGAAAAACAUUGCCGUCGAAGCUUACAAUUUCAUCGGCAAACUGGUAUGGAAACUCGAUGAGUACGAGGAAGAAUCAGCCAUCACCGAUAUUCUGAAGUUCAUCGUGGAGCCGAUCAAGAACAACCAGUAUCCAAACCGAGUGCUCGACGCCGAUGGCGAAGAGGCCAUCUACAAACCGCUGCUUCCGUUCUUGGAAUCGCUAAAAACGAUUUUAGAAGAAACUAAUCGUAUCAUCCGUCCUAAUAAAGUCGUCCCCGUGUUGCGUCAGUACCUGCUGAUUGAGCCCGUGGUUUCGAUUCUCCUCAGCGUGACCCGAGACCGCAGUUUUGCCUACAUACUCAGUCAAAUAGUUUUCCGAAUCAGUUUCGCGUAUAACGUCUCGAUUGCUAUGCAAAAUAAGGAGGAACACGAUUUGGCAAGAGAAAUAACUGUUGUAUAUUAUAACGUCUUCCACGAACUGCUUCGGAAACAAAUGCCUCAAGAGUCGGUACAUUUCACUGCCUCUUGUUUUGUGUUUUGGUCGAAAUUCGACAAGAACAUCGUUCCGCCGUCAUUUGAAAGGCACGGCAGGACUUAUCUGGUUGAAGACCAGUUCCUAACGAUAUUGUUAACACCUUUAUUGACAUACUCCUGUAUUAAGAACAAACGGCAAACCACGAGCUGUAACGCAGAGGAAUCUCUCAGCGCGUUCCACUACAAGUUGUCCACGUUGACUGAAGAGCAUAUCGUCAAAGCGGCUUACUCUUUUUAUGCGGUUCUUGAGGCCGAUUUGAGUUAUAAGAAGCAGUUGGCAAUAGACACUGUGAAGCGACUUUUUGAAAUGAAGAGUUACUUGAGUGGGGGACAGGCAGGGGUGUUGUACCAGGCAUUGUUCUAUAAUCUGCAGUUCUACACGGUGACUGACGAAACCGGGGCAUUGACGGUGGGAGAUAAUCCCGUCACAUGUCCUGAUGACGUGAAGCUGCUUUCCCUGGUACUCGAAGCUAUAAAGAUGCUCCUUAAAGAGCAUAAAAUAAACUGGUACGAGAGCGUGGAAAUUAUCAGUCUUCAGAACUGUUUGAUGAAUUUAUUGAAGCAGAAUAUUCUCCCUAUUAAGCAACUCCUGCAAGCUCUAGACCUGAUCGACUUAAGCAUACAGCAGUUCCUGUCUCCGGAUUUAGCACUCCUCAUCGCGAGCCGUCGCGGGAGUACCCUGAAUGAAAUAGCAGCGGUUAUGAGCUCCUAUUUGCAGCACCCCGAGUGGGAGGUCCGUGACUCCGCCCUGCAUCUGCUGCUUAGCUGCACGGAACUCGCUUAUGUCAAGUACGUGCCAAUGCAAGCGCUGCUGAGCGAGAACAGCGCGCUGGCGCUGGCUGUGCGUGCGGCGGUCUAUGAUGAGGAGACGUAUGUGCAGGUCACGGCAUUGAAGUGUCUCGCCGCUGCUACCAAGAUUGAGAGCCUCUGGGCGCUUGCCUUGAGUGAGGAGCCUGGGUUAAACAUGCACAUGAUGUACAUGUUGAAGAAUAAUACAGAAAGCGGUAUCAGGAAAGAAGCAGCCAACGUGCUUGUGGAACUUUACACCAACCAGAAAACUAGUCCACACUUUCAACAGUGUCUCUAUAAAGUCAUGACAUCAGCAGCUCUUGAAGACUUAGAUUGGGAAGUCCAAAUCGUCGCACUACACUUCUGGAAGGUAGCAAUACAAUACCAAAUGUCCAACAGAGGAAUGAUCGACGGCAAUUUCCCCACAGUAACUUUUUGUAAAGAAAGAAGAAAAAUAGUCACUUUAAAUGAACAUGAAAUUCAAAAGCAACUUAACGGUAUCAUGAAUGAUUUAGCAACAAUAGGAUGUUUGAACGUAUUAAACAAAUGUUUGGUCGAAGAAUACAAUAUACCAGUCCUGGAGAAAGCUUAUUAUGUUGCUAAAGAACUAGUGUCUAUAUUAGAUUGCUAUAAAUUCCAAGGUGUACACAACACAGUAAAGAUAGAAGAUCAAUAUGCGGAAGACAUUUGUGAAACGGAUGAUGCUAUGGACACAGCAAUAGAUGCUACACAAAAAACUGAAAUUUUAAGAAAUCAAGUCUUAGAUAGCAUGCUUAACACAAGCCAAUGCGAUCUAAUUUGCGAUUUAUACGACAAGUACGUCGAAAUAAAGACAAACGGUGUGCAUGAAGAUUACUUCAAUCCGUCGACUGUGAAUAAAUGGAUCGACCCGAACGAAUUUUUGAAGAGCUUCAGAGAGAAAGACCAUUUAGCGAUUAUUGAAGAGAAAAAGAACUGGCACUUGGAACCGAAAAGUUUGGACUCUUUGCUAGAUGAAAUUUUAGGGCUACAACUUAACUAGAACAAUAAAUAAAAAAAGGGAUUGAUUAAAACAAUCAUAUAUACAGACGUCAUAUUACCAAACUCAUUCCCGUAAAUCAUCUUUUCCUACCGCAAUCUCAAUAUUGUCACUUAUCGUAUUUUACCUUAGUAAAAAAAAAAAGCU